AUGGAGGGCUCUGUGCUGAGCCCCGAGUCCUGGGAGAGGCGACGGGCCUGGCUCCGUCAGAGCCGCCACUGGCAGACCCAGGUCCUGGAAGAGGAGGCUGCGGCUGCCCUGCAGGGUGUCCCCGAUCCUGAGCCUUCCAGCCUGGACGAUGUCUUCCAGGAAGGGAAUCCAGUCACUAAGAUUAAAGACUGGCUGCAGUCCUGUGGAUACAAUGAAGAAGGGUUUUUUGAGGAAGCCGGACAGUCCAUCUACAAUGGGUGCCCCAGCCAUGGAACCAGCUUUGAAGAUGACUUGACGCUUGGAGCAGAGGCCACACUGCUGGCCACCAAUGGCAAACUCUUCUCUGGGAGUUUCCUAGAGACAGCCCGGCCCUGCCACCUACUAGAUCUUGGCUGCAGUUUGGCUUCCAGCAGCAUGACUGGUGGGACCAACAAGACUAGCUCAAGCAUCUCUGAAAUUCUGGACAAGGUGCAAGAAGAUGCAGAAGAUGUCCUCUUCAGUCUGGGCUUUGGUCAGGAGGACCACAAAGACACUUCUCGGAUUCCUGCCCGAUUUUUCACCAACCCCUCCCAGGCCAGAGGCAUUGAUUUCCAGCUCUUCCUGAAGGCCCAGGUGCGGAGGAUCGAGAUGGAGGACCCUUGCCUCAUGCUGGCCAGCAGGUUUAAGCAGGUGCAAACACUGGCUGUCACUGCUGAUGCCUUCUUCUGUCUCUACUCCUAUGUGUCUAAGACACCUGUCCAAAAGUUCACACCAUCCCACAUGUUCUGGAAUUGCAACCCACCUGAUGUGCCAUCCAUCAAGAUUCUGGCCCCAGAACCUGAACCUCAGUCACCCAGAGAGCGUCUCCGGAAAGCCAUCUCAAAAAUGUGCCUGUAUACGUGCCCCCGAGUUCGGUUAUCACCACCCCACAAUACUCCCAAAAAGAACAGUUUGGACCAAGUGGUGUGGGAAGUGAUGGACAGAGUGAGGGGAGAGAAGCUGGUUCUUCAGCAAGACCCCGAGCCUGGGCCAGGCUCACAGGAAGGCCUUGAGCCCCCUGUCAGUGGCACAACGCUGCCUGCAACCUGUUCAUGUGUCCUCAGCCCUAAGGAGGACACACAGCAGGGGAUGCCCACAGUGCGCGCCCCGCCACGAACUCUGCACUCGAACCCCGAGACACCCUGUUACACAUGUUCUCUGCCCAGAGCAGACCCACAGUGGAGCACAGACCCUGCACAGGUAAAGAGAAAACUGUGGGGUCUGCAGGCCACCACUAAGGAAGCCCACUCAGUCAAGGAUGAGACCUUCUGGAAAAGGAAGAGCAGAGCAAGAAAGAGCCUGUUUCAGGAGAAUCCCACAGUCAGGAAGGUUAAAUCGUUGGACCUGUCCGUCAGCCAGCAGAAAUGGAAGCAGAGCCUAGAGAGAGAGGAACUGCGCCGGUCUCUAACCCAACGGCCGCAGGACACUUUUGACUUGGAAGAGGUGCAAAGCAACAGCGAGGAGGAGGAGACCCACUGGGCCCACAGACCCAGACCCCCUCACCUCUACGGGACUUACGACAGCAAAGACUCAAGAAGCUUUCUCCACCAGCACAACAGCACAUGCUCUGACAGCAGUGGCUUCGUGGAAGAGCCUAAUUCCCACCUCUUCUAGCAGGAGUUGACACUGCCUCCGACAUCCGGCUCCCGCUCCAGGGCCCUACAAACGCCUGCCCUCAGUAGGAGAGAGGCAGCAUGGUACACAGGGAAGACCAGGCUGAGAGACUUGGAAUCUACGCCCUGA